AUGGCACAUGAAAUGAAUAACCCACCCGUUGAAAGCUCCCCUCCAAUCUCGGACCAAUUGGACUCUGUCGCCCGGAGGAAGCUACAGAAUCGGCUUAAUCAACGCGCGCGCAGAAAGAGAAAGGCGCUAGAGGCUGAAAACAAAAAUGUUUUCAAUAAAAAAUGGGUAGUCUACACCGACGAAUCUACCGUGAAACCAUUCACACACCCUGUUCAAAAGCCAAGCCAAUCAAAUCCCUACGUCACCGACAUUUCACAACAGAAGGACUGCAAAUCUAUAUGGGGAAUCGAUACUGCUGGAAACGAUGCCCUAUCCAUUGAAGUAUAUAUACGAGCCUUGUAUCAGCUACAGAACCCGACUCUCUCACCAGGCCCAUCCUUCCGUGUAACGCAAUACAACCUACUUAUUGCUACGUUCACGAAUGCCAAACUCAUGGGAUUGACCUUCGAUCUUCUGCAAGAAGAUCUAGCAUCACAAUUCAAUCUGGUCGGUCAAUCAUCACUGCACCUUCCACCAAGCCUCUGGCCGUCUAAAUCGCAGCGGAAAAUAAUUCACCACCCGUGGAUCGACUUGAUCCCAAUACUGUCCCUCCGAGAAAGCAUCUUGUCCAGAAUCGAUACACUUGACGAAGAGGAGGCUUGUGGGGACCUCUAUGGAAUGUGUUCGUCACCACCGAGCGGCACUGAGACUGGACUGCGGGUUUGGGGAGAGGCGUGGGAUCCACUCGCGUACGAGGCAUCAGGGAAUCUGAUAAAAAAGUGGUCCUGGAUAGCUAAAGAGUGCCCCGAUGUGAUGAGGUCUACUAAUUAUUGGAGGAGGCGGCGGGGAGAGAAGGGGUUUGUCAUUGGAGAAGAGUGA